CGACCCGCGGCCUUCCGCCCCGAGCGCGGGGUCCUGGCGACGAACUGGGGACCUGCACACCGCGCCGCGGCCAAGGCGCAGAGACGGGAGGCGACACCUAGUCUGACGCCGCGUCCGACAGCCGGGAUGAAGGGGAGCAAGUCGGCACCCGGAACAACCCCUUCCUGUGCAGAACUUUCUUCACAAGAUGCUUCGAAUACAGCAUCAGCUGCAGAUGUCUGUUUUCAUUGUUCAUAGCGUCUUCACCAGGAGUCGAUUCCAUCUCAAGAAACCACUUUCUUUGCUCAUCCAUAAGAAGCAACUCCUCAUCCGUUCAAGUUUUUUCCUGAGAUUACAGCAGUUCAGUUACAUCUUCAGGCUCCACUUCUAAUUCUAGUUGUCUUGCUACCUCUUGCUACCUCCUCCACUGAAGUCUUGAACCCCUCAAAGUCAUCCAUGAGGGUUGGAAUCAACUUCUUCCAAACUCCUGUUAAUUAGUGAUUUAUAGAAAUCCUGCGUGGACUAGGAUUGGUUCUUUCUGUGCUUCUGAACCAAUGAAGAGAAAAUGGGAAGCAAAACUGAAGCAAAUUGAAGAACGAGCUUCCCAUUAUGAGAGGAAACCUUUGUCCUCAGUGUAUAGGCCAAGGUUAUCCAAACCGGAAGAACCACCUUCUAUUUGGAAACUGUUUUAUCGACAAACUCAAGCUUUUAAUUUUGUUAAAAGCUGUAAAGAGAACGUUCAUGUAUUUGCUUUGGAAUGCAAAGUGGGAGAUGGACAACGUAUUUACCUCGUAACAACCUAUGUUCAGCUUUGGUUCUACUAUAAAUCCCGCAAAAAUCUCUUGCACUGUUAUGAAGUUAUUCCUGAAAAUUCUGUGUGCAAGCUUUAUUUUGAUUUGGAAUUCAACAAACGUGCCAAUCCAAGAGCUGAUGGGAAGAAGAUGGUUGCAUUACUCAUUGAGCAUGUUUGUCAAGCACUUCGAGGAUUAUACAGUGUUAAUUGUUCAGCUGAGGACGUUUUCAAUUUGGAUUCUAGCACUGAGGAAAAAUUUAGCCGCCAUUUAAUAUUUCAGCUCCAUGAUGUGGCAUUUAAAGAUAACAUUCAUGUUGGUAAUUUUGUGAGAAAAAUUUUACAGCCUGCACUUAAAUUAAUUGCCAGUGAAGAUGAUGAUAGGACUCCAGAGACGACAGACCAUGGAUUUUCGCAUUUUUCUGAAGUGCCAGUAAAACAAGGAACUUCCGUUAACACAGCGUCCGUGGAAAAGAAUGUAAGAGAGAGUCAAAGAUUGAAUUCAGAGAAACCAGAGAGGCCAGGGUCAGCGGAGCAAAGCAGUCCUGAUCUUUCAUUUUUAGUUGUGAAGAAUAACAGAGGAGAAAAGCAUCUUUUUGUAGAUUUAGGAGUUUAUACAAGAAAUAGAAACUUUCGGCUGUAUAAAUCAUCAAAAAUAGGAAAGCACGUGGCUUUGGAGGUUGCUGAAGAUAACAAAUUUUUCCCUGUGCAAUCAAAGAAUAUUUCUGAAGAAAAUCAUUUUUUUCUCUCUUCGUUGGUCAGCAAUGUCAGAUUCUCAGAUACUUUACAAAUUCUUACAUGUGACACAUACCAGAAUAUAAAAAAACGAGUUGAGUAUUUUAACCACAGCAGUACUUCAGUAGAAACAAUUGAAGGUUUUCAGUGUUCACCCUACCCUGAAAUUGAUCAAUUUGUUCUUUCUCUGGUGAAUAAAAAUGGCAUUAAAGGAGGAAUUCGGCGUUGGAACUACUUUUUUCCUGAAGAAUUAUUGGUUUAUGACAUUUGUAAAUAUCGCUGGUGCAAAAACAUUGGAAGAGCUCACAAGAGUAAUAAUAUCAUGAUCCUGGUUGAUCUGAAAAAUGAAGUUUGGUAUCAAAAAUGUCAUGAUCCUGUAUGUAAAGCAGAAAACUUCAAAUCUGACUGUUUCCCAUUACCUCCUGAAGUACGUCUCCUGAUGCUUUUCAAAGACGAAGAGGAAUUUACAACAGAAGAUGAAACAGUUGAAACAAAAAGCAAUGGAACCAAGAAUCCUCAUCAACUGUCACCUAUUAAGUUGCCAGAAGAUGUGUCUUCCAGCGAUGACUGGGAUAAUGGCAUCGAUGAUGGUUCCUUCUUAGAAGCCACUGAAGAUGCUGAGUUGGCUGAAGCUGCAGAGGCUAGUCUUCUCGGUUACAGCAGUGCAGCGGAUGAAAUUCCUGAUGAACUCAUCUUAGAAGUAUUACAAGAGUAG